AUGGCAUCCCACGUCGCCCGCUCCGGCAUCACCACCGAUGCCAUAACCGGCGAACGCUACAUUCCUGCCUCGGUGCGCGCCGACGGCUCCAAGCGCAAGGAGAUCCGCGUCAAGCCAGGCUACAGACCUCCAGAAGACGUCGAGCUUUACAAGACCGGUGCAGCAGCUGCCUGGAAGAACCGCACAAAAGGCGGGGUGCCAGGUGUUGAGCGAUUGAGCACUGGCGACGACAAGGCAACUGCCGCAGCCACCGCAGCCAGCAAUAAGAACGCCAAGCGUCGCGAAGCCAAGCGUCAGACCAAAGAAAGCGACCAGCUAGCCCCCACUGAGACCAAGGGCGUGGAGUCCAACAACUGGCGUGUUCCGGCCCCGGCACCAGCACCACCAAAGAAGGAGGAAAAGCCCGCCGAGGAACCCAUCGAUAUGGAAGCUGAGAAGGAGAAGAAGGCUCGCAACCUCAAGAAGAAACUUCGUCAGGCUCGUGACCUGCGCCUUAAGAAGCAGCAGGGUGAGGCCUUGCUCCCCGAGCAGCUGGAGAAGGUCAUCAAGAUCCAGGAACUGGUACGCCAGCUGGAUAUGCUUGGGUUUGACUCCAACGGGGAUAAGAAGACCGACGAGAAAUAA